GGACGUGCGCUCCGAAACUUUAGAACGGCUUCGUGAAAUAAUUAAAUUAUCGAAAAUUAAUCUAUAACAAACUUGCACGUGAUUGCAUGUGUUUGUGGCGUUGAGUGAUUGGAUAAUUUCUUGGCAAAGUUUAAUUUGUGUUAUAAAAUUAAUAGUGAUUUUUUAAGUACGUAUAAAGUUUUAGUGUUCUCAUAAAUAUGGGAGAGUUUUUGUGAGUAAUUUAAUUUUGUGUUAGAGGUUUCGAAACGCUACAUAAAAAUAAGAAAACCUGAGUCUGAUUUGUUUACACAUUACCUAUGUAUCGAGGCAAGUGUAGCGAGCAGGAAUGCCCUGUAACGAAGAAAUGACCAAUAUCAUAGCAAAAUGGCUCACAAAUGUUGGAAAACAUGGAUGAAAACAUUCAUAGUGUGCAUUGUACUAUUAUCCUUCACAAUUGCCGACUUUACAACAGAAUGUCAGAGGCCUUGCGACUGUAGAUGGCAAUCGGGAAACAAAGCCGCAAUUUGCUCAAACUCAAGCCUGAAGGUCGUGCCGGCCAAUCUCAGUAAUGACGUACAAAUCUUAGAUCUCUCGAACAAUAACUUACACCAGUUACCCCAAGAGGCUUUUAAGAGGGUAGGCCUAAGUAAUUUGAAGAAGUUGUUUUUAAGAGAUUGUAAUAUAGAAAUAAUACAUAAGGCAGCCUUCUUAUCUUUAGCGAUAAUGAUAGAAUUAGAUAUGUCAAAAAAUUACAUUAGAUAUUUACACCCUGACACUUUUAAAGGUACUGAAAAAUUGAGAUUGAUAAAUUUAAACAAUAAUUAUAUUGAUAAGUUAGAGGAAGGUCUGUUCAGAAACUUGAAGUUCCUUCAGAAAGUCGAAAUGAGUAACAAUAGGAUAGUUCGAAUAAGCACGAAAGCUUUCAUAAACUUGCCACAGUUAAAGAUACUACGUUUCGAUGGUAAUAACUUAAAUCACAUGAAACCGGAAACUUUAAGUUCGCUGAGAAAUUUAUCCGGCUUGGAUCUGCAUAAUAAUCCUUGGAGAUGCGACUGUAAUUUACAAUCUUUCAGAGAUUGGGUUAUAAGUCAUAAUUUGUACACACCACCGACGUCGUGUGCUGAACCCGCUUCGAUCCGUGAUAAACUUUGGAACGAACUAGAUUCAUCGAACUUUGCCUGUCGACCGACAAUAUUAGAACCACUUCCUGACUCAACGAUCAAAAGUUACGAUGAUAAUGUUACUCUCACUUGUAAAGUCGUUGGAAAUCCACCACCGGAUGUCACUUGGCGUUUUAAUGGAAAACUAAUAGAAAUUAAAUCGUUUAGUGAAAUUAGAUAUUCUCUUGUAGAAAAUACUAUGGAUUUAAUAAGAUGGGUUAAUCUGACUAUAAUACAUUCCCGUUAUAGUGAUAGAGGGAAUUACACUUGUGUCGCUGAGAAUCCUGGAGGAAGAGAUGAGAAAACUAUAAUUCUGGUUCUAUCAAAGUAUGCAGGAGCUGGCACUAUAGCUGGCAUGGAUAUAGAUACAUUUGCAAUACUUAUAGGUUGUCUAACAGCUAUUGUGAUAAUAUUCGGAGCGGUGAUAGCAGUUUGCUUGCUAACUUCACAAAAUUCGGAAAUGAAAAGAUUAAUCAAAACUGACACACGAUCCUCUAAUGGCGAAGCUCUUAUUGAAGGAUCAGUGGCUUCUGAACCAGAGAAAGGAAUAAAAUCUGAAGUAAAUCCAAUUACAAAACCAGCUAGAAAAUGUGAAGAAGUACCAUCUCUUACAAGUGAUGCAACAGAGAUGUCAGAACUUAACAAAACUUUGCUCGAGAAUGAAUCUGUCUUAGCGUCCUAUGAAGAAAACAUGAAUCGACGUCAUCAAGUAGAAAUGCCAAAUCGGUCUAAGGAAAUCUUACUAGAUCGUCUAACUCAAGAACACCAAGCAUAUCCUCCUGAUCUUCUAUCAUUCCCUCUCAGAAACAGCAAUCAAGUUUCACCAUCAAAUAUUAUACAAGACAAGCAAAUAAAUCAAAAACAUAUUAGAAGUCCAAUCAAAUCUCCUAACUUCGAAACCGACUUCAAUCCUAUCAUGUACAACACUCUUCAGAGUGCUAAUUCAAACCAAAGUACGAUACCACUAAUCAACCCGAAAGGAUACGUCACCUUACCAAGAAGACCAAGGAUGAGUUAUCCAGACAGUCGUCAAGCAUUCACAAAUCUGAACGGUGUUAUACCAUAUUACGACAGCUUUAAUAUGAAACUCUUCGGAAAUGGGAACUACUACAGCUUAAACAAGAGUGAGAUUGAUUUAGGUCCAGUCAGUAAAUACUCUAUGCAUGAUGAUUUAGAUGAGUCUGAACCUGCACCUUCACCAGCUCCUGGUACACCUCACGCGACAAUACCUAGAAAUAGUCUAAGCUCACCGAACAUUAAUAACCAGUUACAAAGUUUACAAGCCAUGUCUAUCGCAUCAAGACAACAGAAACCACUCAAAGUGACUCUAGCUGACAAUGAUAGUUUCAUUAAGAAUCCUAUAAAAGAUCGAGCAACUUACAGUGUUAAUGUUGUAAGUGGAUCUUUAGGUAGAACGAAGACUGUUCCUAACCAAAUACAAACCAAGAAAAGGCAUUCAACAGAAAUCAAGGAAAUAUUAAAUGCGGUGGAGAACGCUACACAAGUUUAAAUUGUUGAAAACAUUUAAAAAGUAAAAACAAGUUUUAAAUAAAUGUUCAAAUUCAACCAAGAUUGUUUCGUGUUUAUGGAAAAAUUUAUUCGAAAAAAGAAGAAGAAGUUUUUUAUUCUGAUAAUCUGAAGUCGGGCAGUAGUUUUUAACGUUCCUGGAUAUGUUUUUAAAAACAUUAUUUACUUAGAUCCAUUAAUUCAGAAAUGAAAUUAUAAUUAAAUAUAACAUGUUAACAAUAAUAACGAAUAGAAUUAAUAGAUAUUUAAUGGAUAAUAAGUUUUUAAAUACAGUAACUACUAAGAGCGGGUGCACACCUUU